AUGGAGAACCUGCUGAGGAAGGACGAGGAGACGUAUGCCCACAAGUAAGUCGGAUUACAUCAGAUACUUUUUACUCUUUACGGUAUUUAUGUCAUCUUUUUUAGAGAAGCCAGAUUGGUCGCGUUUUGGGCUGUGGCCAUCUCGACCGUCGCCCUUUUGGUGUGUAUGAUCGCCCUUCCAGCCACGUUCAAUUGGAUGCACACAAUCGGAAAUGAAGUCAGUUUGGAAGCUGAGGUCUGCAAGGUUCGAGUUCGUGAUAUGUGGAGAGAAUUAUAUCAUAUGGGAAGGAAUGGGCAGUUGCCGAAGGCAAGACUUCAGCGACAAAAGAGAGGAUGGAUGUUUGGAACAUUCGUGAAGGACGAAGAUCUUGUUGGAGUUCAGGUCAGCAAGGAGGUAAGGACGUCUUAAAAAGAUUAAUAAAACGUUUAUAGGAUGUUGGAGAGAGCACUGAUCCAAAAGAAGAAAAGGAUGAAGAGGAAAGUGCGGCCAAAUUCGAGGAGAAAACAGAAUCUGAAGUCGACGAAAAAGAAAAGGAAUCUGAAACAGAAACCGAGCCAGAAGAGGAGAAAGAAACUGAAGAAGGUUACGCUACUGGACCACCUGGCGCGUCUAACAACGCUCAAUGCGCUUGUCGGAAACACGGCCCACCUGGUCCCCCUGGCCCAGUGGGAGAUGACGGAAAUGAUGGAGUAGAUGGAGUUGCGGGAAGACCUGGAAACAGUGGUCGUGAUGGCAUUGUCCUGGCUGCUGAUCAGCCUCUUAAUGAACCCUGCAUUAUCUGCCCACCCGGACCACCAGGUCCCCCUGGAUUGCAAGGACCUAAGGGACCACCAGGACCUCGUGGAUCUCACGGAAACAAUGGAAUCGACGGAAAGAGAGGAGAACCUGGAAUGGUCGGCCCGCCCGGACCUCCUGGACCAACCGGCCCUACCGGCGCUGCAGGAGCUCCUGGAAUUCCCGGAAGAGUUUUGCGAGUUGAGGGACCAAGAGGCCCACCUGGAGCACCAGGACCUAAGGGUGUUCGUGGUCUUCCUGGAUGUCAAGGAGAGAUCGGAGGCACUAAAGUUGGACCUAAAGGAAAACCAGGACAGGUAGAAUAACCUAUGUUUAAUGCAACUAAUUGUCUUUUCAGCCCGGCCGACCAGGAAGAGAAGGGCGUCGUGGAGCCCCAGGAGAGCCAGGAUUACCCGGAAGCCGUGGUCUUAGCGGUGAUUGCCAGCACUGCCCUCCCCCAAGAACUCCACCUGGAUAUUAA